UCAUCCGCAGGGCCUCCCUCCCUCUCAGAGUGCCCCACUUCUGCCACCCAGGCCAUGGGCACCAUUCUGAUGAUCCUGGCAGGGGUUUUGCUCCUCUGUGGGGGUGACUUCAAUAGGAAAUCUUUAAAGAAGGAAGGGGCUGGGUGCUCCCACCACUCAGAGUGCUCCAGUGACUGUUGUCUCAUCAACUUAGACAUCGGCGGUUCCUUUUGCGCCCCCAAAGCUGGAAUCACAAAGUUGUGCCUGCCCCAGACCAAGGGGUCCCUCAACAUCAUAUGUCCCUGCGGAAUGGCUUUGAGUUGCACAUCCCGGGACCCCAACUGUCCCCGCCGGUGCCACUGGAUUUAGAGGAGGACGUCAGUUCCAGAGACAAUAAA